AUGGCUGGUGGAACGAGCAUCUGGGCCAGCAAAGAGGCCAGGACUGAUCCAAAGGCAAUCUUCAACGGCCGACUCCUCUACCUGUUGGUAACUCUCGCGUGGGCGGGCUGCUUCUAUGGCUUCGACUCGGGAAAUAUCGGCGGAAUCCUCACACUCCCUUCGUUUGAGAAUGCGUUCGGACUCAGCGGGCUAUCUCAAGAGGCGGUUGAUGCGAAAAGCGGAACCAUCGCUGCUAUGCUUGCAGCAGGAGGCUCUGCUGGAGCGCUCUGCGCCUGGCCUACAUCCGAUGUCCUGGGUCGCAAAUGGUCCGUAUUCCUUUGGGGCAUAGUCUUCCUCAUCGGUGCUGUGAUGCAAAUGAUCGCCGACUACGACACACUCCUGGCCGGACGAUUCAUCGGCGGUAUGGGCGUUGGCGCCAGCUCGAUGUUGAGCGUCCGUGGAUCCAUGACGGCAACGUACAACCUCAUGAUCGUGUUCUCGCUUGCCUUAGCGUUCUGGGUCAAUUAUUGUGUGUCACUUUGGCACAAUGCCGAGCAUAACCAUACACAGUGGAGGCUCGCAAUGGGGAUCCAGCUGAUUCCGGGAGCUCUCAUGUGUCUUAUGAUCCCGUUCAUUCCAGAAACACCUCGCUACUUGAUCAACCGCGGGAAGUCUGAACAAGGGCUGAAAAACUUGAUGGCUUUGCGGAAGCUGCCUGCAAAUCAUCCAUAUAUCCAGACGGAAUACCAGGAGAUUGAAGCACAAGUGCGCUUCGAGCAAGCGGCACACCAAGGACACAACGUCUGGACGAUCAUUCAGGACGUAUUCGGGAACAAGAGCAACUUUCAACGAUUUUUUCUUGCAGUGAUGCUGUUCCUUUUCCACAAGUUCACCGGAACAGACAGUUUGAACUAUUAUGCUCCUUCCAUAUUCAAGCUCAUUGGGGUAAAGGGCAACAGCAAUACAUUGCUUACCACCGGUGUGUACGGCAUUGUGAAGUUCGUUACUACGAUCUUUUAUGUGGCAUAUCUUGUCGAUCGCAUCGGUCGCCGACUGCCGCUCCUGAUAGGUGCAAGUCUUCAGGCCACUGCAAUGUUGUACCUGGCAUUGUACAUAAAGUACGCAGGUGGCAACGCCAGUGAAGACGCGGUCGGAGGCACGCCGGCAGGUGGUAUUGUCGGAAUAGUUUUCAUCUACAUCUAUGCAUUUGGCUGGAGUUUCGGCCACUCUGUCGCAUGCUACGUCGUUGCAGCGGAGAUAUUCCCGACGCGAAUCAGAUCUUUCUGCAUGUCCUUCUGCUUCUUCAUCAACUGGAUAGUGGACUAUGGCAUCACCAAGGCGACUCCAGUGAUGCUGUCCGAGAUGGGCUGGGGAACGUUCCUUCUCUACUCCAUGUUGACUUACGGCGGAGUGGUGUUCAUAUUCUUCUGCCUCCCGGAGAUGAAGGGUCGUUCAAUAGAGUCGAUGGACGACCUCUUUGCGCGACCUCUGUACACCAUGUGGCGCCAUGCUUAUCCAACGGAGGAAGAAAAGAUCCGGCACGAUGUUCAAGACAUGAUCCACGCUGGCAAGGUGGAGCGUGGCGACUCCACUGUCGACAAGGGUGGAGCUGCAGUCCACAUAGAAACCGUAUCAGAUCGAUAG